AUGCAGCGUGAGAAUGAAGACGGUGGCAGUGGACUUGGCCUAGUGUUUUUGUUGAUAGAUCCACUACCAACACUACCACACGAUCGUCUUGUCUCUUACCCGGCUGGUGUCGAGUUUCACUGGAUAUCGCGCCUUACGUGGUUCGAAGAAUCGUGGCGCCGGGUAGGUAGGCAAUCCACCGUAUUUGGAUGUUCAAGCUCUGAGGAGGAUGAUUCCAUAAUCUCACACGCUGAUGUGGACGGGCACGAAUUCGAUUAUCGCAAAGUCAUCCCGGCUCUUGUGCCCGAAGGUUGGUCCAAUGACCCCAACGACCUUGAGCCAGUCAACCGCCCUCUGUCUACCGAUGACAAUAGUCUACCACCGUUUGUGCUACCGAUACUAGCUUCUAGAGAGGAUAGGCAGGCUGUUCGCUACUUGUUAUCGAUCUUCGGAAGGUUCUAUCUCUGGACUCCAGCCUCGAGUGAGCUUUUGUGUGUGACCCAGUCUCACAAUUCGCGGGGAAUCUUGCAAUGUAUUGACAAGCAUUCGUUCGGGCUCCGAACCAGAGUCCUCGAACCAUCAUCUCGCUGGUACUCUCAGCAUCAGAUCACACAUCUUCCACUCUGGUUUCGGCAAAUUACAAAAGGCAGGUCGCAGGAUAUGAAGAAGCUCAAAGACAUCAAGGAGCUGGUUGAUGGCCAUGAGUAUGUUCUACCAGUUCCUAUUCUGACCCUUGUCAACGAUGGGCGAUAUGGCGGUACAAAGUAUCUCAUGAGGUGUGGUGACCGAUACUAA